AUGGCUCACUUCGACGACCGUUCCGGGACCACUGACGACGGCGUGUCCGAAGGAGCAUCUGAGUCUGUGGUCGUCGGCCGCUCAGAGACUUCGUUGGCUUUGCAGUUUCAACGUCCCUCUGAUCGGAGACAAGACACCACACCAUGGUGGCGUUUGAUACGCUGGGGCUCCAUUCUGGCGGUGGUCCCGACGCUCCUCUUGGUCGUGCUUGUCAUCCAAAACAUCGUCUUCUUCCACUUGAACAGGCCUCAGGACAUCGUCAAAGAGUUGGGCGCGCUGGUAGGGACUUUGCCCAACAGCAUCCCGGACCACAACUGCACCGACUUAGCCUGCCACUGGGCGGCGCUGCAGACCGCAUUGGCAGAGCUGAAAGCGAGUCACACUGCGAUUUCCAGCGACCUGGAGAAGAGUCAGACGGCAUUGACAGAGCUGAAGGCAGGUCAGGAGGCAGGUCAGACGGCAUUGGCAGAGCUGAAGGCAGGUCAGACGGCAUUGGCAGAGCUGAAGGCAGGUCAAGAGGCAGGUCAGACGGCAUUGGCAGAGCUGAAGGCGAGUCACACGGCGAUUUCCAGCGACCUGGAGAAGAGUCAGACGGCAUUGGCAGAGCUGAAGGCAGGUCAGGAGGCAGGCCAGACCGGAUUGGCAGAGCUGAAGGCAGGUCAGACGGCAUUGGCAGAGCUGAAGGCAGGUCAAGAGGCAGGUCAGACGGCAUUGGCAGAGCUGAAGGCGAGUCACAGGGCGAUUUCCAGCGACCUGGAGAAGAGUCAGACAGCAUUGGCAGAGCUGAAGGCAGGUCAGACGGCAUUGGCAGAGCUGAAGGCGAGUCACACGGCGAUUUCCAGCGACCUGGAGAAGAGUCAGACGGCAUUGGCAGAGCUGACGGCAGGUCACAACGCGAGUCAGAGCCUGCUGGCCAAAGCCUGGGACGAGAUUAGCAGCGACAAAGGGCUUCUGAGUCAGAGACUGAAAGACCUGAAGACGGACUACCAGAGCAUGUCUCAGGAGCUGUCACAAGAGCAGAAGGAGUUACACGACUUCGGUUUGGCUUUGUCCAGCCUGCAGCAGAAGGUGGUGGAUCAGCUCACACUUAACAGGGAACUCAAAGCUAUCAUGGCCAGAGACUGCAGUCAGGUCAUGGCGGCGGGAAAGUCCCAAGAUGGAAUCCAUACCUUCUUUAUUGGGUCCGACAGCUUCAAGGCUUACUGCGACAUGAGCCUGGACGGGGGAGGCUGGACUGUGAUCCAGAGGAGAAAGGACGGCUCCGUCGACUUCUUUCGGGGUUGGAAUGACUAUCGAAAGGGCUUUGGAGACCUGGCCGGAGAGCACUGGCUCGGCCUGCAAAACAUCCACGCUCUGACGGCCUCGGGCGCUUACCAGUUGCGGAUCGACUUCACCAUAUUCGACGGCCGCACUUACUACGCUCUCUACGACGACUUCUCGGUGGGCCGGAACUCGCUGGACCCCGACAAGGACGGCUACCCGCUGCUUGUGAGCGGCUAUUCUGGAACCGCAGGCGAAAGUCUCACCUUUCUCCAUUCUGGGAUGAAGUUCACCACCAAAGACCGCGACCAAGACACGUCUACUGACAAUUGCGCCAACAAGUACAAGGGCGCUUGGUGGUACAGAAAUUGUUACGCGUCCAACCUGAACGGGCUGUACAAGGCAACCGGCACCUGCGACCUUAGCAAUGCACUCUGGCUAGAUUUGCGGCCACCAAGUUAUACCUGCCUGAGAUUUGUGGAGAUGAAGAUCCGGCCCAGAAAGUGA